AAGCCAUCACAAAAUGUUAUCAGUUUCAAUACGAACGGCAGCAGCUUCAUUCCGACUUGCUCCAACACGUCUUCGGCUCAUUCGUCCUGUGAUUGCCACGUGUCAAACGAGAAAUAUCUCUUCAAAUGACGUAUUCAAAAUCACUGAAAGUGCAUCAAUUCCUGAUUUACCACCACUUCCAACUCCUCCAAUACCUGGAAUGUCUGUGGAUGAGCUCAUUGCUUCUGGAGCAUCUGUACUGGAAGAACUCGGAUUAUGGACGUGGUGGAAACCAUCUUCGUAUUUUAGAUGGGCUCUUGAAAGCAUUCACGUGCACCUUGACAUUCCCUGGUGGGUUACAAUCGUUGCAGCUACAGUAACCCUUCGUGCUCUUUUAAUCGGUGUCCCCGUAAUGUCUCAGAAGCUUGUGGCAAAACAAUCAAUGUAUCGAAAGGAAAUGAACGAAUUCCGUGAUCGAAUUGAUGAAGCUCGUAAAGAAAAUAAUCAACUUCUUCAACAACAGAUUCUUCUGGAACAACGAGAUUUUCUUCGAUCAAAAGAUAUUCGAUUGGGUCGUCAAUUUAUGGUUAUGGCUGCAAAUGGAGCUGUAUUUGCUACUCAAUUCUUUGCAAUUAAAAAGAUGGUAGUUGUCAAUUAUCCUGGAUUAUCUACUGGUGGAACAUUAUGGUUUACUGAUUUAACAGCAACUGAUCCAUAUUAUGCACUUCCAUUCAUCUCUGCAGCUACUAUGGCUUUGGUGACAAAAGUUGGAAUUGAAAUGGGUACAUCAGCUGAUCAAAUGCCACCAAUUAUGCGUGCAUUUAUGACUUAUGGUCUUCCUGUUGUUAUUUUUGGAGUUUCUUCACAAUUUGCUACGGGUCUAUGCGUAUAUUGGACAGCUUCCAACGCUGUUUCGUUGAUCUACGCGGCCGCAUUCAAAGUUGACGCGAUUCGAAAAAUAUUUGGAAUUCCACCAGUUGUACCACUUCCACCGAGUGCCGUCCAAAAGAAUGCCAUCUCACAAGUCUUGAAAUCUUAUAAAGACAACAAAGCAAUUCCUCCAUCGAUGGCUGAUCUCCGACAACGUGAUGCUUCAUCAUUCAAAAAAGCGGGACGUGGAAAACCAAUUACGUAAUGAUUUGAUGACGUCAUCAUGAAUUCUUAAUUUUUUCCGCAUUUUUUCGAUAUUUUUGUUUUUGGUAGAUUUUCAGACUUAUAGGCUCUUGUUUUUAUAUUUUAUUAGGAUCCUGAGUUUUUUUUUACAUUAUUGUUUUUUGUUAAUUUUCAAUUUUUUCCCCAAAAAAUUGUUUUUUGGAACGAAAAUUAAUCAUAAUUAUCGAUUGUUAUCAUUUUAAAAUUUUAAACAAUUUUU